CGACAAUAGAUUCGCGUUGGAUUUCAGUCUCAUACGGAUUUAUUUCUAUUGAAAUCCCGUUCCCUUGUUGAAAACGAAGACUGCACGCUGGAACAACAAAGUCAGAACUGCCGAAGCUCUCAUAAAUUCUGAAGAAUUAAUAUCUCCUUGGUUUUUGAAUCAUGAUUUGUCCAGGAUCGACUUUGAUCCUCAACCGAUAAAAAGCAAUUUAUUCUCCGGUACAUAUUUAUCGAGAGGAAUCAGAAAGACGCGGGAAAUUUAAACCACGAAACCUACCACGGCCCCCGAUGAUACGGUGUCAAUACGCUAUUGUCACUAGCAGUUGAUUGCUCCGCUCUGUUUCACGCUUCUUUGCGUCUCAAAAUCCGUCGACAACAAUGGUCGAGAACCGCGAACAGCCUCAAACCCCACAGACUGCUGCCGACUCUACCCAGACACAUGAAACGAGACACCAAGGUUCGAGUGUUCACAGGGAUCAUGGCGUUGACACGCCUACAACAGCAUCAGAGGGAACAAAUCAAGAGGUUCUAGGGGAAGAUGAGGCCAGCCGGUUGAAAGAGUUGACAGCAAAUGUACGAGAUCAAGAUGAGCUUGAACGUGACAUAAGUCGCCAGGCGGAUCGCUUGCUCCUUGAACAAGCGGAUGAAAGAGACCAGAAGCGCUUAGAUAAGAGCAAUGCAGAGAAAGAAAAAUUACUUGCUCAGGUGCGCACUGUGCAGCAAAGGCUCGCCCAACCAACUGGAGUUGCUUCACGAGUCCGUCUAGAGGCCGAACUCGACAAUCUCCAGAUUAGAAUCUCCGGACUUGACACAGACAUUGAUCAAAUACGUGACCGCAUCAAACAGCGUCACCAGGACGACGGUGUGACCGAAGCGAACUCGAUCGAUGAAUCAGGCGCGCGGAGACUACCGAACGAGAGUCGCCGAGACUUUUUGAUACGCACAGGGAAGAUAACCCCCUUCUCUGCCAGAGGCCGUCCGUUAGCUAGAUCCAGCUCGAAUCUACAAGAUGUCAUGUUCGAUGCUGAGGAGGCUUUUUCAAGCGAGGGCGAGAUGGAAGAGGUCGAGCAUGAGGACUCAACAGGAAAAGAACCCAUGUCUCAUCGCAACCUUCUAUUACCGGGGUUUUCCGACGAAGACGACAGCCAGCUCAGUUUUGAGUCAUCAGAGCAAGACGAAGAGGAAGUCGAUGAUGCAUUUAUCGUCGACGAGCGCCCGCGGAAACGUAGAAGGACAGAUCAGAAAUCCAAGGUGGCUCCCGGGGAACCGGCAAAGGAAGACUUUGCCGGGAUUGAUGACGGAAACGAGAGUGUCUACCAAACGCGCCUAGAGAGUUGGGUCAAGCGGAGACGCGCAGCGCGCCUCCGGGCCCAGGCCCGAAAGGAGCCAACAGAAAGCUCGAGUGAAUCCGCCAUCUUCCAGGGUGUGAACCAAGCUCAGAGGGAUGACAGAGUCGAGGAUGAGGAGUGGUACAUGCCACAUCCUACACGCUCUGAUACUGAAUUUGAGGGGGAUUUUCGAAUGCCGGGAGACAUAUACCCUUCACUGUUCGAUUACCAAAAAACCGGUGUCCGCUGGCUUUGGGAACUGUAUUCUCAGCAAGUUGGCGGUAUUAUCGGAGAUGAGAUGGGGCUUGGAAAGACGAUUCAGGUCAUAUCUUUCCUGGCGGGCUUACAUUACUCGAAGAAAAUCACCAAACCGAUUAUUGUUGUUGCCCCUGCUACCGUCAUGAAGCAGUGGGUUAACGAGUUUCAUACCUGGUGGCCGCCUUUACGGGUAUCCAUACUCCACUCUUCUGGAAGUGGCAUGAUUGAUCUUCGCCAGGAGCGGGAGCGUGAAUUUGAGCUUGUUUCUCAGUUGUGGAACGGCUCAAACUCAAUGGGAAGAACGAAAGGUCAGAAGACUGCUCAAAGAGUCGUGGACAGAGUAAUCCAGGAAGGCCACGUUCUAGUCACCACCUACUCUGGCUUGCAAACGUAUGCAGAGCUAUUGAUACCGAUUGAUUGGGAGUAUGCUGUAUUGGAUGAAGGUCAUAAGAUUCGAAACCCAAAUGCAGCAAUCACUAUCUACUGCAAAGAGCUCCGUACUGCAAAUAGGAUCAUUCUUUCCGGUACUCCUAUGCAGAACAACCUCACGGAAUUGUGGUCUCUGUUCGACUUUGUCUUUCCUAUGCGCUUGGGGACGUUGGUAAAUUUCCGGAACCAAUUUGAAUAUCCCAUUCGCCAAGGCGGCUAUGCAAAUGCGUCCAAUCUUCAAGUACAGACGGCAAUGAAAUGUGCCGAGACCUUAAAAGAAACGAUUAGUGCUUAUCUACUGCAAAGGUUCAAAAUCGACGUUGCGGCCGAUCUUCCCAAAAAGAGCGAACAAGUCUUGUUCUGCAAACUCACAAAAUCUCAACGAGAAGCAUAUGAGACAUUCCUGGCUUCUGAUGACAUGAAGGCGAUAAUGAAUCGGAAGAGACAGGUAUUAUAUGGAGUUGAUAUCCUGCGAAAAAUAUGCAACCAUCCGGAUCUGCAGGAACACAAGACACUGUCCCUCAAAGGAAAUUAUGCCUAUGGCAACUCUGCAAAGUCUGGGAAGAUGCAGGUGGUGAAAGCUCUUCUCGGAUUAUGGAAAGAGACCGGUCACAAGACUCUCUUAUUCGCCCAGCACCGCAUAAUGCUUGACAUUCUCGAGAGCUUUGUCAAGUCAUUGGGAGGUUUCAACUAUCGACGAAUGGACGGAAACACGCCGAUCCAGACGAGGCAAAGUCUCGUCGAUGAAUUCAAUAAGACUCCUGAUAUUCAUGUAUUCCUCCUCACUACAAAGGUCGGUGGCUUAGGUGUAAAUCUUACAGGAGCAGAUCGGGUGAUUAUUUUCGACCCGGACUGGAAUCCUUCAACGGAUCUGCAAGCUCGAGAGCGUGCCUGGCGGCUUGGACAGAAACGAGAAGUAAUGAUAUAUCGUUUGAUGACGGCGGGCACGAUUGAAGAAAAAAUCUAUCACCGGCAGAUUUUCAAACAAUUUCUCACAAAUAAAAUAUUGAAAGAUCCAAAGCAGCGACAGACCUUUCAGAUGAGUGACCUCCAUGAUCUCUUUACCCUUGGAACGAAUGAGCAAGAGCCGACGGAGACAAGCAAGCUUUUCCAAGGUACAGAGGUCAAAUUUGGUGGAGGAGGCCGUGACACUGGGAAAAGUAGAGCCCAAGGCAGCCCGCCGUCAUCUGCGGGCCCUGCCGACGCCGACAACAAGGACAAUCCUGAUGAUCUUCGCCGAAUGGCGGGCGUUGCCAGCAUGGAACGUUACCACGGCGAAGAAGAAGAGGAACAAAAAGCCAGCGACCCUGCCAAAGCGAACGAAGACCGAGUCAUGGAGGGGAUCUUUUCUCGAGCAGGCGUGCAUUCUGCACUGGAACAUGAUCAGAUCAUAAACGGCAAGAGAGUUAUUGCUGCAGACCCCAAGAUAAUUGAACGCGAAGCCAAGAGGGUUGCAGCUGAAGCAGCAAGGGAACUACAAAAGGCCGGGGAAGAAGCAAAACAAGUGCCUAUCGGCACACCCACCUGGACCGGCGAAUUUGGAACUGCCGGACGCCCACAGGGACCGGUGGGCUUUGGACGGGGCCGAGGUCGCGGUGGUCCUUCAUCAGCAAGCAUAUUGGCUGGUUUACAGGAUCGCCAACUUGCUGAUAGAGAUUCAAGCAGUUCGCGCGCCGGUACUCCCUCUGGGAGAAACUCUCGUCCCGGAACGCCCGCACCUCGCGGGAAGGAUUUUAUUCGAAUGAUUCGUGAUUAUUUGCUUGUGCAUGGUGGCCAGGUAUACACCCAAAUGUUGGUUGAUCAUUUCAAUAGAUACUGCACUACGCCAGCCCAGACCAUGGAGUUUAAGGAAAUGCUGAAGCAAAUUGCGGUCUUGGAAAAAGGGUCUCGCGGUCGGGCGAAAUGGAUCUUGAAGGAUGAAUAUAAGCGCCGGCCUUGAUUAAGUACCUUUUUUCCUUUUCUUUAUUUACGCCUGCUCAUUACAUUCAUAUCACACUUUCUAAUUUGCUUUUCACGCACUUUAUAUAUAUCCCAUCUGCUUUAACCUUCUGGGUCAGUUCGCUCGUCAGGCGUGGGAAGAUUGCUGGAGCCGUGCUUAAAAGGGGUUAUUAUUUUUUUCCCCCCCUCUCCUUUCAUCUUCACUCCAUUUUCUCAAGGGUU